GAACUGUCAAAGCGACAAAAACAUCAAGUGCAACAGAGCAAGUAUGCAACAUACUUCCAGCACCAGACUGCUCUCAAAAGUAACGUUACGUAUUGUCUGAAAACAUCAAGGAUCUUUACGGUCAGCUUGGUUAACCUGUAUCUGGCGCCGUGAAUAUCAGUGAAUACGCGCGUGAAGGACGCACAGGCCCAGUGUGUGUACGAUGGAUUCAUGGGUGAGAUUCAGCUCGCAGAGUCAAGCCAAAGAACGUGUGUUCAGGGCUGCCCAGUACGCCUGCACACUGCUGGGUUACACGCUGCAGAGAGGAGGAGCCAGACCAGAGCUGCUCAGCACCAUUAAACAGCUUGAGGCCCACAUGAGCCUGACCAGAAAAUUGAUGCGGUUAGGGAACUCCGCUGAGGCUCUGGAAGCAGCGAAACGCACUGUGCAUCUGUCCGACUGUGUGCUGCGUCUCUGCAUCACAGUGGCCCAUCUCAACAGAGCUAUGUAUUUUGCCUGUGAUAAUGUACUGUGGGCCGGCAAAACAGGACUGCUGCCCGAACUGGACCAAAACAAAUGGAGCCAGAGGUCGUUUAGAUACUAUUUGUUCGCACUCAUCCUCAAUUUAACCCGAGACGCGUAUGAAAUCCGUCUGCUGAUGGAGAGAGAGUCCCGCAGCAGUUCAGCUAAAAGCUUUAACUCCAGUCCGUCUUCCCUCGCGCCGACCCCAGAGAACGGAGAGUUCCCUUUAACCCCGUCUCCUUCCUCAGCGACGUCUCCCCUGCCUCCCCUCCCGAUGCUCACGGCCAGGCUCAACAAGCAGUUCUGUCUCUUGAUCACUGUGCUGCGCAACAACCCUCCGCUGCUCCUGGACCUCCUGAAGAACCUGUGUGACGUGUUCAUACCCCUGGACCGGCUGGGUUUGUACCCCACGGGGUCGGGCUUUGUGGGAGCCUGCGGCCUCACGUCCUCUAUCCUGUCCAUUCUCACUAUAGUUCACCCCUGGCUCAAACUCAAGCCCUGAGUGACACAUCACAACUACAUAUCCUGUUGCUUUGUUUCUAAAGAGAACCUC